UCAACAUUGGUUUUUUAGCACUCAACCCCGAUAAUAAUAAAUUACUAAUCACAUCGAACACCAAAAAUAUACCGGGUUUUCCACGAAAUUGCUUGAAUUUGUUGUGAAAUUAAGAAAAUAAUAGUAAUAAUCCCGCACAACUCGGUUCGUGUUGUGAAAUUAUAGAGUAUAUAUUGGUAAACAAAGAGGAAGAAGGCCAACAGAUAGUAAAAAAUGGUUGUCAGACCCUAUAACGAGGAGUUGAAAUAUUUGGAAAAAAUCAGCGAUUGCUGCUGGCGCAUUAAGAAGGGCUUCCAGCCGAACAUGAAAGUGGAAGGAUGUUUCUACGUAAACGAUAAUUUGGAGAAGCUAAUGUUGGAAGAGUUGAAGAAUUCCUGCAGACCUGGAGCUGUGGGUGGCUUUUUGCCGGGUGUUAAACAAAUUGCCAAUGUAGCAGCUUUACCCGGUAUUGUGGGCCGUUCCAUCGGUUUGCCCGAUAUACAUUCCGGCUAUGGUUUUGCUAUUGGUAAUAUGGCUGCCUUUGAUAUGGAUGAUCCUUUGUCUAUUGUCAGUCCAGGUGGUGUGGGUUUCGAUAUUAACUGUGGUGUACGUUUAUUGAGAACCAAUCUGUAUGAAAAAGAUGUACAGCCGGUGAAAGAGCAACUGGCCCAAAGUUUAUUUGAUCAUAUUCCCGUAGGUGUAGGCUCUAAGGGUAUUAUACCUAUGAAUGCCAAUGAUUUGGAAGAGGCUUUGGAAAUGGGCAUGGAUUGGAGUUUAAGAGAAGGCUAUGUUUGGGCUGAAGACAAGGAGCAUUGUGAAGAAUAUGGUCGUAUGUUGAAUGCCGAUCCCUCUAAAGUUAGUUUACGUGCCAAGAAAAGAGGUUUACCCCAGUUGGGUACUUUGGGUGCUGGUAAUCAUUAUGCCGAAAUUCAAGUAGUAGAUGAAAUCUAUGACAAAUGGAGUGCCUCCAAAAUGGGCAUCGAAGAGAAGGGACAGGUAUGUGUUAUGAUACACUCGGGCUCCAGAGGUUUUGGCCAUCAAGUGGCCACCGAUGCUUUGGUACAAAUGGAAAAGGCCAUGAAACGUGAUAAUAUCGAAACCAAUGAUAGGCAAUUGGCCUGUGCACGCAUUAACUCACCCGAAGGUCAGGAUUAUCUUAAAGCUAUGGCAGCCGCUGCCAAUUUUGCUUGGGUUAAUCGCAGUUCCAUGACUUUCCUUACCCGCCAGGCAUUUGCCAAGAUGUUCCACACAACACCUGAUGAUCUCGAUAUGCAUGUUAUCUAUGAUGUCUCACACAAUAUAGCAAAAGUGGAAAAUCACAUUGUCGAUGGCAAAGAGAAAAAAUUACUAGUACAUCGUAAAGGUUCUACUAGAGCUUUCCCCCCUAAUCAUCCUUUGAUACCGGUCGACUAUCAAUUGACAGGACAACCUGUGUUGGUGGGUGGCACAAUGGGUACUUGUUCUUAUGUUUUAACUGGUACCGAAAAAGGCAUGCAAGAAACUUUUGGCUCUACCUGUCAUGGAGCGGGUCGUGCUUUAUCUCGUGCAAAAUCUCGUCGUAAUUUAGAUUAUAAAGAUGUUUUAGAGAAAUUAGAUGAACUCGGUAUCGCUAUACGUGUAGCUUCGCCCAAGCUGGUCAUGGAAGAAGCUCCUGAAUCGUACAAAAAUGUCACCGAUGUCGUAGAUACUUGCCAUGCUGCCGGUAUUAGUAAAAAAUGUGUUAAACUACGACCUAUUGCUGUAAUCAAGGGUUAAGAGCAGACAACUCUUUUGAUCUACAUAUGUAUUUAUUCGUUUAAACUUUUCAUUUAUGUUGAAAUUAUUUAAUUUAUAUUUAUUAACGUAGCUAUCCGAAGCUAUUAUGUGAAGUAACAUGACUUAAAAAUAAAAAUCUUUUUUUAUAUGAA